CUGAUGUACUAUAUGUAAAAUUUUGGAGUAUGUUACCAAUUCCAAAAAGGCGCUCAUAUAUGAUUAGUGAUAUAGUGAUUUUGUUAGAUAAUAUAAUAUUAGCAAAAGCUAAUAUGAUUUUAGUAGAGAUAAGAUCAAAGAGUAUUAAAAAGAGAGAUAGAGAGUUUG